GGUCAGGCACUGCUAUGUCCAGUCGUGUAAAGAUUCUACAAGGAAGAAGUGUUAUUCGCAAGAGGAAUAUAUUAUUCAUCUAUGGUAAAUUGACUGAAAAUCUUCAAUAAACUCAACAGAUAUCAAUAUUAUUACAGAUCAUGAUUUUGGACAUUCUCAAUUGCCCCACUUUGUGCUGGUUGGCCAUCAUUGCAGUGCUUGGCGGUGCUCUCCUCUUUCUCAUCGUAUUACGUCUCUUCGUUUAUUACACGCUAGGAGUUUGCAAGAGCAAAAAUAAGAUGGAUGGCAAGACAGUAAUCAUUACGGGAUGCACUUCUGGCAUUGGAAAAGAGACAGCCAAGGACCUUGCUAAGAGAGGAGCCAAGGUUAUUAUGGGAUGUCGGAACGUAGACAGCGCAAAUAAACUCAAAGAUGAAUUAAUCAAGGAGACUGGGAACAGCAAUCUGCUGGUACGAAAGUUGGAUCUCUCAUCCUUGCAAUCGGUCAGAGAAUUUGCUCAACAAAUAAACAGAGAGGAAUCACGUUUGGACGUAUUAAUACAUAAUGCUGGAACCGCCGAGACGUUCAGGAAAAAAGUCACUAAUGACGGCCUCGAGAUGACGAUGGCAACUAACCAUUAUGGACCGUUUUUGCUGACACAUCUUCUGAUUGAUUUACUUAAACGAUCGGCUCCCAGUCGUAUAGUAAUUGUGGCGUCGGAAUUGUACCGUCUUGCCACAUUGAAUCUGAAUAAUGUGAAUCCCACGACGACGUUUCCUGCCUAUUUGUACUAUGUGUCUAAGUACGCGAAUAUAGUCUUCACCUUGGAACUCGCGCGUCGUUUGGAAGGUUCAGGAGUUACGGCCAAUUGUCUUCAUCCGGGAAUGAUAGACAGUGGAAUAUGGAGAAACGUACCAGCGCCAUUGUCCUGGGGCUUGAAUCUCAUCAUCAAAGGCUUCUUCAAAACUCCUGAGCAGGGAGCACAAACAAGUAUCCAUUUAGCAGUCGCUAAUGAAGUUGCUGCCGUUAAUGGCAAAUAUUUCUUGGAUUGUCAUGAAUAUGGUCUUUCCGAAGGUGUAAAGGAUCCAUCGAAAGGCAAGAAAUUUUGGGAAUUGAGUGAAGGUUUGGUGAAGCUACAAGUUUCAGAUCCAAAGAUAUAAGGACAGGAUCUUUAUUUUUUAUAUAAGUUGCAAAAAAUAUCUUUACCUUUAGAUCUGUUCUAAAGUAGCAAUGCUGAAGUAGCAAUGUAGAACCUUGGUUUACAUUAAUGAAUAAAAAAUGUUGUUUUUUGUGUA